AUGUCCUGCGCGUCAGGCAUCGCAGCACCGAGAAAUUCGACACUUGAAGAGGAACAUAACACUCAAAUCAAGGCUUCCCAUGACAAUAAGCCCCCCGUACCGCCAAACCCGCCACCGCUUCCUCCCCCACGGCCGCUAGUCAUCUGGCAUGGACUCGGCGAUCAGUAUGCGUCCGCUGGGAUGCUCGAGUUUAUCGAACUCAUCAAGGAAAUGCACGAGGGAAUAUUCAUAUAUAGCGCCCGCAUCUCUGACGAGCCAAAUGCAGACCAGAAAGCUGGUUGGUUUGGAAAUGUAAACGAGCAAGUCGCACAGGUUGCCGAACAAAUUGCAGCCAUCCCUGAGCUUGAGGGAGGUUUUGAUGCUAUCGGUUUCUCACAGGGCGGCCAAUUUCUGCGCGCAUACGUCGAGCGGUUCAAUAGCCCGCCUGUGAGGAAUCUCAUUACAUUUGGUUCGCAACAUAUGGGCAUUAGCGAUCUUCCUGGCUGUAAGCCAACCGACUGGCUCUGCCGAGCAGCCAGAGCGGCUGCAGCUUCCGGCGUCUACAGCCCGUGGGCUCAGAAGAACCUAGUGCAGGCCCAAUACUUCCGAGAUCAUCGUCACAUUGGCUCUUACCUACAUUCAAGCACUUUCCUUGCCGAUAUCAACAACGAGAUUCCAGAAGAAGACGAUGAUGAAGAUGAAGAGCCUCGUAUACGCAACUUGACUUAUGCGUUCAACCUGGCCUCCUUGGACAAUUUUGUUAUGGCCCUGUUCGAUCAAGACCAGACGGUUGUGCCAAAGGAGAGCGCAUGGUUUGGGUCGUAUGCCCUCCCGACAAAUGAUGAUGACGACGUCGACAAAGGUGCCAUCAUCCCUAUGCGCAAGCAGCGCCUGUACAAGGAGGAUUGGAUUGGCCUGAGAACGCUUGACGAGGCGGACAAGCUAUUCCUAAUUGUAUGCCAAGGCGAGCAUAUGAGACUCACCGAUGAGUGCUGGCGUCCUAUUGUCGCACGGUGGGUCGGUAGUAUCGACAUGGACAAGGUUACAGAAGCGAGUGUGCCGCAGAUACCAUCUCUCCUCAUUCAAGACUGGUGA